AUGUGGCCACUGGAGGACGACGAUCUGCUCCCCGAGAUCCUCGUCCGCCUGCCCCCGCAGCCCUCCUCUCUGCCCCGCGCCUCCGCCGUAUGCAAGCGCUGGCGCCUCCUCGUCUCCGACCCAGGAUUCUCCCGCCGCUUCCGGAUCCACCACCGCCGCAGCCCUCCCCUCCUCGGUUUCUUCCGCAGGAAUGACGGCCUGCCCUUCGUACCCACUCUCGACGCCCCGGAUCGUGUCUCCCCCGGUCGUUUCUCCUUGCAGCGCGGCGACGGCGACCGGUUCAUGCCCCUCGGAUGCCGCCAUGGCCUGGUACUCAUCUCCAACAAACCUAAGAACCAGAUCCUGGUGUGUGACCCCGUCACCGGCGACCAGCACCGCCUUGUCGUGCCCCCGGGGGUUGCAGUACAUGCAGAGAAGACAUCGAUCAACGGGGCGGUGCUUCGUGCUCGUGCUGCCGGAGACGAGGCCCAGCACUUCCAAGUGGUGUUGACAGUGGCAGACAACGACCACGAGCAACACCAUCGAGCUCUUGCCUGCGUUUACUCGUCAGAGACCGGCGCAUGGGGUGAUCUUGUCUCAACGCAGCUUCCACCUGAUGUUCUAAUGAGUGAUGCUCCCACCUUGGUUUCUACUGACAAGCCUGCUGUGCUGGUUGGGGAUUCCCUUUACUGGAAGCUUGCUGGGAAUAUGGAUGGAAUUCUCGAGUUCGAUUUGGAGAAGCAAAGCCUAGCUGUGAUACGGGUGCCGGUGCAUAUCCUUGAAGAGGGCCAGUACAUGUUCUUGAUUAUGCGGGCAGAGGGUGGAGGCCUUGGUUUACUCAUCCAGACAGACUGCAGCAUCCAACUGUGGAAGAUGAAGACUGAUUGUGAUGGUGUUGCUUCAUGGGGGCUUGGAAGAACCAUUGAACUGGACAAGCUACUUUCUCUGAAAUCUCAGGAGACUAACAUGUUGAUACCAGGGCUCGAGGAGGAAAAUAAUGUGGUAUUCGUGUGGGCAGAUCACAUCGUCUUUACGGUCCAUCUUGAGUCAAUGAAGUUCAAGAAGCUUUCUGGAACCUACCCCCUUUCUCAUUAUCAUCCAUUCAGAAGUGUCUACGCUGCAGGUUGUAGGUUGCUUACAGGAGGUGGUCUCUUGCAGCUCUGUACACGUAUGGAUUGCAAUACAAAUCUCCGAAAGUGA